AGUAAGCUGUGGUGUCAUUAUGAAGAAGUGGCAACCGGCAAGGAAUUAGGUGAAAUUAAAAAAUAUAAAGGUUAUGUUUUGGGAGCGAAAAAAUUAAAAUAGUUAUAAGCGCAAUUAAAAUUUGUUGCUGUUGUUAAAAUUCACAAACUAUCGAUGGCUUCUUCAGGAGACAAACGAGAUAAGAACAACCAAGGCGGCGAUCAGAAGGAAAAGAAAAGGAAAGAAUCCAUUCUCGACCUAUCUAAAUACUUAGAGAAAACUAUCAGAGUCAAGUUUGCAGGAGGCAGGGAAGCUAGCGGAGUUCUUAAAGGUUAUGAUCCAUUGCUCAACUUGGUUCUCGAUAAUACUUCCGAAUACCUACGGGAUCCUGAUGAUCCGUUCAAGUUGAUUGAAGAUACAAGGGAACUGGGACUGGUGGUUUGCAGGGGCACCAGUGUGGUUCUUAUAUGUCCUAUGGACGGAAUGGAAUCGAUACCGAACCCUUUCAUUUCACAAGACUGAACAUUACUUUUCAUGUGUGGUGUGGUUCAAAUUAAUAUCUUUUUUAUUUAUGGGAUAAAGUGUAACAAAUCUU